AUGAAUUCUUCAACUAGUAUUGGUUCUCUUUUAUUGCAGCACCCACUAUAUCAAGCGACAGAAAGAUGCAUUGACAGAAAAAUUACUGACACCUAUAAAUAUCUAGAUUUCUUCUCCACGUGGAAUCGGCCUAUAUUAGAUUAUGGGACAAUCAUCCGGGAGUUAUUUAAAGUUGAUGAAAAUGAACUAAAACCAUUCAUUCUAGAAGGAGAUCCUAAAAGGCGAUAUCUGGAUUGUGUUAGCUGGAUAUUUCAUUGCAAUCAGCAAAUCACUAAGAAGAUUUUGCGCUUCGUAUUGUCACUUCCCAUGCUGAGUAUGAAAUCCAAAGAACUCGUCUGUCUACUAGCAGUGGCUCCCCAUCAUGCAACAUAUUUGACAAGACUCUUUCCAAAUUCAAAUAUAUAG